CCAAAAAGAAAAAUUAGGGAUUUCGAUCUCUUUCCUAGUAUCCAUCCGGUCGUCUGAAAUCCUUACUCCGAUGGUUUCUGUCUUCCUCCAUGACCAUGUCGGCCGAUAACAGCACCUCGGCUCUGGGGCGCCGGCUAGGCUCAUGUUUUAUGCCUUGCAGCUCCAGCAAACGAGUGCGGACACAUUCAGCUGAAGUAUACCCUCCGAUCGGGAAACUGGCAGACGAUCUCCUCGUAGAGGUUCUGAUCCGCGCCCUGCCGAACCCUAGGUCCGCCUGCCGAUGCAAGCUCGUCUGCAAACGAUGGAGCUCUCUCAUCUUCGACCCAGUACGGUUCAAUCGCCGUUUCAUUUCUUACCACCGGAGCAGGAACCAACAACCUCCUCUGCUUCUUCACUCAGACGACCCGCAAUCGAUCAUCACGAGCUUUCUCCCUAUGAGCCGUCUAUCCCGUAUGUCCUUUGCAGUAAUGGAUUCUUACAAGGAUCUGGUCUUAUGCGGGUUUGAGAAUGUGGGUCUAACCAGCCGCGAAUUUUACAGAACAUACUUCCUCUGCAAUCCGUUUACCAAGGAAUGGCUCGCCCUCCCUUUGGCGCCUGAAUUGCCAGCAGGGUGCCCGUAUUUCUUCACAAGGUUAGUCUGUGAACCUCGCAUGUGUAAUGAUCUCGAUCUAGGAGAUAACCAAGUCUUUGCUUAUUCGUCCGAGUAUCGAUUCCGCGUGGUGCGCCUAUACCCGCGUGGAUCGUCUGCAAAGCUAGACGUGUUCUGUUCGGAUACCGGAGAAUGGACCAAGGAUCGUCUUGUUAUUCCCAAUCACUACCAAUGCAUAGCCAGAAAUGUGGUUUCCUGCAAUGGGGAGCUGUUCUGGAGUUAUGCUGUUCCGAACCAAGAUAAAGAUGCUGUUUGCCGGUCGAGAUUUUUCAUUGCUGCUUUUAAUCCUUUCCGACCCGACAUCCCUCCCACUGCCAUUGAUGCUCCGGAAGUGUUCUGCAAACCCGGGUGGGAUAUCUCAGUCUCGCAAGGCGCCUUGCACGCCAUUGCAUUUGAAGAUUCACUUCGACCUGAUCGUUCACAGAUUGCAUCGAGUGUUUGGAGACUGGAACAAGACCGUAAGUCUUGGAGGGAAGUAUGUGACGGGCUGCUAAAGAAGUCAAGAUUGUAUGAGCUUCGCCACUAUCUCAGGCCUUGUUUGCAUCCAGAGAAGCCGGAAGUUUUCUUCCUCAAACAUCGUGGUGAUGCUGGUGUAAUAUCUGCCCUGUCCUGCGAUUUGAGGACAGGGGGACAGGUGGAGCUCUUCGCAGAAGCAAGAGUAUUCUUAAGAUAUUGGAACUUGUUCCAAGUUCAAUUCUCUUGCUGGCCUACUUCAUUCCCAAGGUACAAGGAAUUGCGAGUUAUGUACGAUGGAAGCUGCAGCUGUUGGAUUCAGAGCAACAACGGAACUGACAACAACUCUUCAAUACUUGAUGGAGCAGGAGGUGCUGAAAGGCUCAGAAGUCAGAUCCGACAGAAGGAUGAUGGCGUUCGAAGGAGCUGAUCAACUUGUGUGAUACCAGGUGUUUGUUAUUAUCAACUUUCAACCUGAGAGUGAGAUAUCCAGGAGUUCAGAUUGGCACAGAGUCUGGAUUUUUUAGGCUGCAUCUGCAUAUCCUUUUUAUCCACUUUCGCUGAUCUGGUUUCGGAUUGUCAUAGUCGUUAGGGACAAGACUGGCAACUGCUCUCCCUUACGCUGCGCAAAUCUUUUGAUCACAGGCUGCUAUGCAUAGUAGGCAUCCAUCUACCCAAUCCAUUACCACAGUUAGAUGCUAUCAUCACAAGGAACCAAUGACAACAUUUCAUUUGAAGUUCACCCUGGGAAAGAGGCCGUCGAGUUCAUUUGAAAAGGAAGCAUAUAGAAAUAGUUUCAACUGCACAGCUGCUCCCGAACCGUUUAUUGGUCUUAUUGCAACCAUGUUUGGUUGUUUUAUUUGGAUCAAAAUACUGUACUGUGUUGUGGGGAUAUAGAUUAUAGACAAUCUGUCGAGCCACACACACACAGUUUAGGGAAUGUCUUUUUGUCCUUGGGUCUUGGGAGCCUGCAUAUUUAGGCUGCUUUGUUGAUCACAAUUUGGAGUUUGGACCAUACGAUGAUUUCUCUAUGUUAAUUGUUAUGCCACACUACCAC